AUGUCGGACACAGAAGUAUUAGUUGUGUCAUGCGAUCCGGCUGACGCCCGGCGUUCGCAGGUAUCCGGGCCUGCGAGUGUGAAAUUGGUUACCGAUGGACGCGCAGGGGUAGACGACCAGGCCCCUGUUGCUGAUAAUAUUACUGGCAGCACAGUAAAUGCCGAGGAGGGGCCGCAUCGAUCGUCUUCCCUUAGGAAACGUCCACGCGACCGUGCUUCGAAGGGAGGUUCGGGCUUGGCGGGUCAGUCCUCAGAUGAGGACGGCCUGCCGGCUCCAAAGUUGCAGACCGGGAGGAGAGGUCGGCAGGCUUCGAAGGGGGCGAGUACUUCGCGGCCGCGGAGGGACGCACAGGGCAGGUUUGUGCGUUCCAAUGCCCAGGCGGCCAGCGAAGCAAAGAGUGACGUGGGGGUCACCACGGAGGACCCUGGCGGCGAAAGCGGUGCCUCGCUGGGGAGCUCGAAGGCGGAGCUCAACGCCGCCAGGAGGGAGCAGCGCAAAGCCGUCGCGGCCGACGAAGUGUCGGCGAUGGCAGAGCGCGCGCGUGAGCGACGCGCUGCUCUCACGGCCGAAGGGGGCGAGCCAUCCGCGGCGGCCCUGAGCCAGCUGGCCUUGGACGGGGUGGACUUGACGGCCUCAGACGAGGUCGCGAAGUUGCAGGAGCACAACGGCCGCCUCCGUGCCGACCUCGAGGACCUCCGGCGGCAAGUCGCUGCGCUGAGCGAGCAGCAGCAGCGACGCGCGCCGCCCUCUGCCGCCGCACCGGUGGUGGCCCCGUCUCCCGCACCGAGACCGGCAAGCGCUCGUUCCGACGACGAGGUCGAGCGCAUAGUCCGGCUCUGCAUGCUCCAGUGCGGGAGCAUGGUCAAUGCCCGUAUAAGGGCGGUGUCUCGGCGCCUCCCUCCGGAAACCCUCCGUCCGCCCCUAGCAGCCGAUGGAAGACGGAGGAUGGAGGAGCCGCCGAGGUCUGCGCCUCGCCAGGGGAAGCCCACGGGGGGCGUCAAAAAGGAGGAUGGAGCCCCGCCAAGUGCUCAGCCCACGACGCCCGGCUCUAAGGGUGAGAGCUGGGCGACAGUCGUGGGCCGCAAGAAGGCCCGCAAAGCCGCAAAGGCGGACUCAGCAGCAGCGCGCGCCCCAGGCCCUACGGCAAAGGCGGCUGCGCAGCCUGCGCGACGGACUGCCAAAGGCGGUCGCAAAAGACCGACGGUGCGUGCCCUGCGUUCCGAGGCCGUGACGCUGACGCUGCAGCCCGGGGCUGCGAAGCGCGGCGUUACGUACCAGUCGGUCAUUGCCGAGGCCAAGGCCAAGAUCAAAUCGUCAGAUCUUGGCCUCCAGUGGGGCCACGGGUGCGCGGCUGUUCGAGGUGGCCGGUGCUGCGAGCGGCAGCGCUGA